AUGAAGCUGUUUUCUACGCUCGCUCUGCUGGUCUCCGCCGUCGCAGCAACCCCCGUCACCACCCAUACUUCCCGGGACGCAGAACCUUCCAAGCCCUUCUACCUCAAGACCUCGGGCGCCGCCAACGCCAAGCAUAAUGAUCUCUAUGUCUACGCCUACCAUACCGGCGCCGGCUUCAACGACGCCGUCCUCACCCCCGAUGUCAAAUCCGCCAGCAAGGCGUCCCUGAACGGCACCUAUGUCCAGUUCGACCUGAACACGCCUUUCCCUUGGGGGAUGUACACGCCCGGCGUCACCAACUAUGCUCAAUGGGCACAGGUCGGAAUCAACACCGGAUACGGCGAUGAGGACUUCUCCAUUAACCAAGAUGGUCUGCAAUGGUCAGAAGAGAAAGGCUUCGGCGGCUGGCUGGUGUGUGAUUGGUACCAUGGCGCACCCCAGCUCUUCUAUAUCUACCGCUAUUACGAGCCCGUUAUCCCCUCUUCUUGCGACGCCGUCAAGCUCCAGGUCGAAUAUCUGUAA